GUUUGUGGGCACUCUAUGUCACAAAAUAGUGAUGCGCUGUUCUUCGCGGGAUCCAUCCCGAGCGCCGUAGCUACCGCGCAGCAGAGCUCCAAAGUAUUUCUUGUCUACAUUGCCAAUGAUGGCGAGGAGUCGGCGAGGCUGGAAGAAACGACCUGGAGAGCGCCGCAGGUUGUAAGCUUGAUUCUGGAAAAGUUUGUUGCUCUUCGUUUGGUGCAUGGAAGCGUUGAUGCGCUUCACUUCUCGGUUUUAUAUCCUAUAUCAGCUGUGCCUAGCAUUACAGCCAUUGGCUACCAAGGUGUAAAGUUAUGGGAGCAAAACGGAUUCAUCACUCCAGAGGAACUCUCGAAAAGGUUGCAAUAUGCCGUGGAUACGUUCCAAUUCCAGGUGCAAACAGCCAUGGCUGCUUUGUUGGGCAUGCCAACAGCGUCAUCAAGCCUUGAAACUCCGGAAAGCGCCGCAUCCUCAAAACCCGAGGAGCCGACACAAACUUUGUCAUCAAGCCUUGAAACUCCGCAGAACGCCGCAUCCUCAAAACCGGAGGAGCCGACACAAACUUUGUCAUCAAGCCCUGAAACUCCGCAGAACGCCGCAUCCUCAAAACCCGAGGAGCCGACACAAACUUUGCCAGCAUUAAAAGAAGCGUCUCUUUGCAAAGUCGAGGAAAAGAACGAGACACUAGCAACCACGUCCGACCCGGGUGACGAGCUCUCGAAACCAGUGCCACGAACCGAGUCCGAUCGUGGUGAGGAGCUCUCGGAAGAUACGAGCCAGAUGCCUGUGUUGACUGCGCCAGCCAUCGGUCGAGCCGUGGAAGAGGAAAUCCAAACUCCACCCGACCAGAGCGUGGAGCCUGUGGAAGAAGUAAAGGGCUGCGUGCUCGAAGUGCCGGUGGCCAAGAAGAAGACCACCACUCCACCAUCGCCACCGCCACCCGAGCCGAGACCUUUGAGAAUCCCAGACAAGGUCCACUUGCAGGUGAAGCUCACGGAUGGAGCAGUGAUCCGCCGCGAGUUUGAGAAGAGCGACACUCUCUGGACAGUGAAAUACUUCGUCGACGAGAACAGGACGGAUGGCAACGCGAGCUACGCCUUUGCGGUUCCAUUUCCUCGCAAGAUCUUCAAUGCUGAAGAUUACGAGAACGCUCUGGUGGACCUUGAUAUCGGCUACCGCGCUGUGCUUAUCCUGGUACCAAGCAGCGAUGCCAAGCUUGUGACAAGCCCCUCGAAGCCUUCCAGUCCAACUGGUGGCAUGGGGCGAUGGCUCACGUAUCUUAAUCCUCUUUCUUACGUUCGUGGUGGCAACGCUUCUCCUUCCGAGAGGCCAAAGUCUCCUCCAUCGCCAUCGCCAGCAGCUUCGAAGCCCAGCAUCAAUGACGCUGAUAACUCGAGAAAAGCGCCGCCACCUGCGAAGAGAUCAAGCACUAGCUGGGGAAGUAACGUCCACACUCUGAGGCACGACGAGGACGACGAUAUGUUCAAGCGAGGCAACACGUACUGGAAUGGGAAUGCCACGCAGUUCGGUGCUAACGACAACGACGAGCGCAAGUGAGUAAAUUAUGUAUGUACCUCUCUCUUAUUGUAGGAGUCGUCGAUAAGGAAGAACAAAAACAAUAAAUUCUUGCCUGGAUUCA